AUGACCACAGGAAACACAGGACUAGACAGGGAGGGGUGGCAUUGUGAGGAUGACGAGACAGGAGAGGCGUCUGAUCCCAUUCCUGCCAAGAAGUCCAAACACGAUGACUUUCCAGCACAGUCGCCCUCAGGAGAGAAAGACAAGCAACCCGAUUGGCUACGAUCCCUCUCUGCAUCAGCCAAUAAGGGGCUCAACUGCAUCCAGCCCAGACAGAGACCGUCUGCCUUCAGGCCAUGGUCUCCAAACAUCUCUGCUGGCGAUAAGGAGGGAGCCGGCAGACCUGCUAACAUGUUACGUGACAGCUUCUACAACUACAAGAGCCUGGAGAGCACUGUGGCCCCUAAUGUUGCAUUGACGCCCCUUCAGAAAGGAGAACAGGCCUCUCCUUCUGCCCCUAGCAGCUCACACCCACAUGGGGCGGAAAGCGAAUGCGCCAGCCGUGGGAGGAAGAGGAGGCUGACGGGCGAGACCCACCCCAGCCCACAGCCCUGCCCCUCGGCCACUGCCAGCAAGCCCCUGCCACCCUCUCAGGAGGAGCGAGACUCGGACGUGGAGGUGGAAGUGGAGAGCCGUGAGGAAUUCACCUCAUCACUUUCCUCACUCUCCUCCCCAUCUUUUACAUCCUCGAGCUCCGCUAAAGACUUGAGCUCUCCCUCCGGCCCCGGAGCCACCUUACCAGCAGUUCUAACUCCAGCAAGUGGGGCCCCUGAGGGCCCCCUGGUGUCUGGAGGGGACGGGCACGCCUUGACCAACCUGGAGUCGGAGUUGGAGACGCUGAGACAGGCACUGGACAACGGCCUGGACUCAAAAGAGUCAAAGGAGAAGUUUCUACACGAGAUAGAAAUGAGGGUAAAACAGGAAGAGAAGCUCGGAUCCGCCUUACAGGCCAAACGGAGCCUGCAGCAGGAGCUGGAGUUUCUCCGAGUCGCUAAGAAGGAGAAGCUCCGUGAGGCGACUGAGGCAAAGAGGAACCUGCGCAAGGAGAUCGAGCGCCUGCGUGCUGAAAGUGAGAGGAAGAUGAGAGAGGCCAACGAGUCGCGCAUACGGCUGAAGAGAGAGCUGGAGCAGGCCAGACAGCUACGAGUGUGUGACAAGGGCUGUGAGGCUGGCCGUCUGCGAGCCAAGUACUCUGCACAGAUUGAGGAUCUGCAAGUAAAGUUGCAGCAUGCCGAGGCAGACCGAGAGCAGUUGAGAGCCGAUCUGAUGCAGGAGCGGGAGGCACGGGAGCACCUGGAGAGAGUGGUCAAGGAGCUACAGGAACAGCUGUGGCCCAAAAGCCCCAGCAAGAACGGCACAGACCCACCACCCCCACCCGCCAAAGACUCCAACAACUAAUCCUCUCUUUAUCUCUUGACUCCACCCAAUCCACAUCAACACCGCCCUGAUUGACAGCACCAACCGCCCCAAUCAUGUCAACUUGUAUGCGGGUGAGCCCCGCCCAUCUGCCUCUUAGCCAGCGCAAAACCGGAGGUUUCCUUGAACGUUUUUUGAGGGAAUUUAGACACGUUCUAGACAAUGUUUUACUUUGAGAGCACUAAAAAUGCACCUCGCCUCCAACCAGACAUAAAAAUAAAGUAGAAAAAAAAAAUUGAUAUGGAAAGGAAGAAGCCAAUAGCACAAAAGCUAACUGUGCCUGAAACUGAAUACAUUUUGAAAUGAAGACUUUUCUAUGACAAAUUGGUGAUACCACGACAAAUUUUACACAGCGAUUUUUAUGACGACCUGAACGGCAUGCUGUCCACCCCACGUUGUAAUUGGAGAGACAAGGACUCAUCAUCUUCAUCGUCCCAUCAGAAAUCCCUUGAAAAUCACUUCAUAAUAAGCUAUUUAAAAGACUUGUUAGUGAGCGUGUGUGAGAUAAAAAAAACUUCAGUGACUUACCAGAGCCUCAAAUUUACCCCCCCCCCCCCCUUUUUUUUUUUUUUACAUGUACAUACAUGUCAUGCUGGUUAAAAAAAAGCCAUGGAAACAAAUGGUUACACACACUUGUAUCUUUAACAAUGUUAAAGAGAUACUGGUCAGGAGAGCGUUGAAGGGCUUUGGAGAGCUAGAGGUGAAGAAGUUCAACCCUGUUGAAAGGGAGAGAUACUUGUAUUCAAGUAAGUGUUAUGAUCAGGCCAUGAGCCCUUUCUUUUAAUGGCAAACAAAUGCUCCCCAUCACAAGCUGCCAGUGCGGAUCUUGGUGUGGAAUUGGAGGUUUGUGGCUCUUGUUCUCCGUGGCGGUUUGGGUUUCUGUUCUCGUCACACUCGCGUACAGCUUCUCCGUGGGCUGAGGUGCUUACAACUGGCACGGCUCACGAUUGUGGGUGGCCAUUUUUUUUUUUUUUUUUUUAGGAAUAAACUAAAAGCAUAAAAAAAUACAGCUUCUAGGGCAGGAGGUGUCAUGUGAUCAAGAACCACAAAAUGUUCUUUUUAAGUAAAUUAUAAUAUGUAAAUAUGAAAAUGUUUCUUUUUUUUUCUUUUCGCUUUGUUUUUUAACUUUACAAUAAUGAAUCGCACUUUGUCAUUACAAAAUACUGUCUAAAUGCAUUACGCUCCCACACUCUCCCACACAUUUAUCUCAGAGAGUUUUUAGUAUUCCUAAGUAUAAAAAUGAAAUAAACGAUUUUGUUAAUUAUAUGCCAUUCUAAUAAAUGCAAUGUAAUCAUGUGUUUAAGACAAACUAUUGUAAAUAAAACCGCAAGAAUUAAAAGAAAAAAGGUUCUACAUGCUUGCUUGCCGAAAAGUGGAUUGCGCACACAGCCGUCCUCUCAAUCCGACUUUGAUUCAACAUUUAUCAUAGUUAUUAUCGAUAUAUGAUUAUAAUCGUUGCUAAAGUGUUAUUGUUACCGUUCUGGAUUCCUACAGGUUUUGAACAUUUCCGAAUCAAAUUUAAAGCCGUUCAGAACGAAUAGGACACACAAAUUGUCUAGCAUUGGUAAAAGGGAGUCAAAAUAUCAAUGCAGGUGCUCCUCUCAGCUGUGAGCAUGAGCAUACCGUGUACAAACAAGACGAGGAUGGAUGAAUGAACGAACGAACGAACGUCAUAAAUGCAUUUUGUUGAAAAUACAUAUAUUUUAUAAGUGAUUUAUAUACAUUGGGUACAAUGCAAUCAGAAUGUAUGUUACGUUUUGGCUCUUUUCAUUUUGUUGUUGAUGUUGUUAUAACGGAUGUUUUUUUCAGAUUGUGUGAAUAUUUUAUUGCUUAUGUUCCUUCUUUCAAUAGCAAGCUUAUGUAAUUUCUUUCAUAUGCAUGGAAUUUAAAAAGAAAAAGAUAAAGUCUGCCGUUCAUAUAUUCAUUAUUGGGCAUUAAAACAGUAUAUGUAAUUUUUGAUUAUGUUAUGCAAUAUAAAGCUAUUUUAACUACUUGUUUUAACUACAAAGGAAAACAAAACCCUCUCAACAAUAAAUUUCAACUCUUAACAAUCUUAAACGCAACAUUAACGGCAUUACUCGUGGGCUAAAUACAAACUUAAUGUGCAUAUGCAAUGCUGGAGACCCUCAAGUGCCUGUCUUUGGGCCCUUGGGGUUCCAGAAGAGGAACAAUUAUUGAGCUCGUUUCCACGGUGACCGACUGUAAGGUGCAUUGAAUUGCUUCAGUGGUCAGAUGAUGAAACCGGGCCGUCCCAUUUGCACUGUCAUUUGGGGGAGCUCUAUGGUGCAUUUUUUUUUUUUUUUUUUUUUUUGUGUGUGUGUGCACUCUUUUGCUCACCCCAUUUUGCCAGAAUGAACUUGACUAUCAUUGCUUAAGAGCAGCCGCAGCUUAUUUGAUAGAUUUUAAUGCCAGUCUGUCAGUAUUCCUUUGAUGUUUUUUUCUUCUUAAAAAAAUCGAUGAAUAAUUAAAUAAAAGAAAAAUGCAUAGCAGAAUUUAAUGCUCAAAUUGCCACUGGUAAAGAAUUUAAAUCUUAUACUAAGACAGCUUUUAAAUGUAAGUCAGAAUAAAUAAACUCUUUUCUUUCUCUGUUUUUAAGGAAUAAAAAUAUAUUUAAGAGGAGGUUACUUUUGCUAUAGAUGUAAAAAGAGCCUUUGAAAUAUGAAAUGAUAUGCCCUGACCUGUACAUCGCAGGCAACGGCGGUCUAAAGGAAGCUCAGUGUCUUAACAGUAGCAAGAGGCAGUGCGUUUUUACAGACCAAAAAAAUAAACGUAUAAAAAAACCGAAAAAAGUUAUUUCAGAUGGGGUUGUUUUGUAGUUGUUUUUACACACAAAUUCAUAUGUGUAGUUUACUUUGUUCGCGGUUUUCUAUGAAAAAGGGAGAAAUCGAUCACAGAGGCUCCUUUGCUCCCAAUAUAAUAUAAAAAAUGUGGAUUUUUUUCUAAAAGAGCCAUUUUUGCUAACAAAAAGCUAAAACACAGCAAUAACGACAUAACAUCACUGAUAAAUGAGCAGGAUUAGCCAGUCUGACGAUGAAAGUACAAAUUCACCAAUGUAUAUAACUGUGUUCUUU